AAUUAACGCUGUUGCUAAUAAAAUGUUUUCCUAAUGAAAUUUUUGAUCAAAACGUGUAAGUUGCACACAAAUAAUUAUAUAAUAUACUGUGAAUUUACAGUAUUCGAUGCAUUAAUGUUAUUAGUAUACUAGUAACAUUAAUGCAUCGACUCACAGAAAAAAUUAUUUGUGUAAAAAUAACAUACAGUUAUCAAACAAACACUAUAAUGUUUAAAUUGUCGCUAGUGAGCGCAAACUGUUGCAACCGAUAACAACGGUUAUUCGCCAUAACUUUACCACUAAAGUUUAGUGGGGGGGGGGGGGGACCAACAGUGCUGCGCUCUGCCUCGUGACUCGAAGGUGUGAACUAAUCAAACUUCCGUCACCGUUAAAAUACGAAGAGUUUGGAUGGUUUCCCUGGUUAUAAUAUUAUAGGAAGAAAUAGCAAUGAUGACAAGAGUUGAAGGAAGUAGAAGAAUGCUUUGCUGGAAGUGACAUGACCGCUUAUUUGUGAUCAUUCAAUGAAGAGAACGUAGCUUUGAAAACGCGUUGAGUUUAUACUCAGUCACAAACAAACAAAAGAUUCGCGUGGUUAAUCGAAACUUCCUAGAGAAGACUCAACCAAGAAUGGGGAUCCCUGGUUUGAUGGGGUUCAUAUCCAGCGACUCUGAGCGUUAUCUCGAGUAUUACGCCCUGCACGACAGUUAUUUGGUGAUUGAUGGUUUCAACAUAAGCAGCCUGCUGUACGACUGGUAUGCGAACUGCAAUGACGCGUUCGGCGGCGAUUACGAUCAGUACGCGCAAUGCGUGAGGGAUUUCUUCGACGAGCUCUUGAGGUGCAACGUUACCCCGCUGGUGAUAUUCGACGGCGGCAGCGAGGACAAGAAGCUGAAGAAUGGCCUGUUCCGAGCCAAGGAGAACACUCGAAAUAAGUUGCACUACACUCUGACCACUCAGCAAUGCACCAGAUUCCAGCCUCUGCUCUUUACGGAGGUCUUCAAGGAUGUGAUGAACGAGAAGGACAUCACAUACAUGCAGUGCAUCUUCGAAGCAGACAACACCAUAGCUGCGAUAGCGCGCAUCCUCAAUUGUCCCGUAUUGAGCUAUGACUCUGACUUCUUUAUUUCUGGAUCGUUGUACAUACCGUUCAAUACGUUGGAAGAAGGCGUAGUGCCCACCCCAACGGGCAGGGGUUACACGAAACGCUGCAAGAUUUAUUACGUCAAGAAGUUCUUUCAAGUUUACUACGGACUGAAUCAGUCCUUGUUGUUGCUGUCUUCGGUAUUGCUGAGGAAUGACUACAAGAAGCAGUGCACGUUUAAGAACUUCUUCCGACAUCUGCCGCAAAUGGAGAGAAGGAAAUACAGCAAUGAGCAGCAGCGGCGCAUAGGCGCCACAUUUCAGUGGCUACGGAGACGUAGUUUAAACGAAGCCGUAAUAGGGAUACUAGGUACAUUACGAAAGCAAAAGCGCAAAGACGUAUUAAAUACGAUAGAAACUAUGAUAAAUAGUUACGACGAUGCGUCGCUAAGCGUGAUACAUAUGCUGAAUAUCCCUGCAGAGAUCUUGUCGAGGGUACACUUGCGGAAUAUGCCUAAGGCGUACAAGUUUGAGGGCGAUAUAAAUAAUUUAACACGUUACGAUGAACAGACAAAUGAGACGGAAUCGAGCGAUGAGGGAGAAGUAGAAGACAAAGAAAUAGCCGACAUACUUGAAGGAAACGCUUUGGAUUCCGAUGAGUCUCUGGUUGACAAUUUGCCCACGUGGUUCAUUACCGAGUUCAAACAGAGCAGAUUUCCUUGUUUUUUCAUAAACUUGAUAAUAAGAAAAUUAUACAUUGCUCCUGUGCAGAUUGAGGAUCCUUCCCGUGCCUCGGCUGUCUUUGUAAGCGUGAAAGUCCUAGGUGUUAUCUGCGGGAUGCUCUUAUCAGAAGGGAAGAAAAGCAACAUGGAAUAUGUAACCAGAGACGAGAACAACGGAAUAAAGCGUUAUCAGUUGGAAUACAGCGAUAAUAUACUUGGUUGUAAACUACCUCCUUUACCCAGCCUGAGGGAAUUGCCUAUUGUCGUCAGAAGGGAAAUUUUAAACACGACGUUGACGAUCUCCCAUGCGAAGUACAUAAACGAAAUCCCGUCGGAUUGGAUGCUGUACAUCGCAACCAUGAGGUACUGGAUAGAUCAACAACAGGAACCGUCGCAAUAUAGUUGUCACGUGUACUCCUUAUUGUUCGCCUUGCUGUUUAACAUAAUCGACAACAAUGUAGGCUACUAUAGAAUCCUGAGCAGAUUUCAGCAAAAGUGUAAUAGAGCUGCGGAGAACAUUCGACACGAAAGAAGGAUAAGAAACUAUCAGCCGCAAUACUCGAUCGACGCUACACUCGCGGACGCAGUCUGCGAGGUUAAUGUCGACGAUUGCUUGCUCGCAGCCGAAUUCUUCGUAUUCAAUUUCGAAGUUGAUCAGAAACUGUAUUCGCAACCGGAAGAAUUUAACAUUACACUUAUCCAUGGUUUUGCGGAGUUUCAAAUUUGCUUGCAGCAUGUUAUGGACUUAAAUGCAUUAUUAGGAUACCCGUAUGAACCAACCAAGGUCGCUGCCGUGUUCAAUGGUACAUUAUUGUAUAAUUUGUGUAGCAAUUUUACAAAACGCGACGACGUUGAGGUUUACAUAAAUUUAAUUUUGCAAGACUCUCCGAGUUUGUCGCGUCUGUUUGACAUACUCUUAUCCAAAGUCAAACCUUUGCUUGCUACUGUACUGGAGAAGAAAACCGAUAAACGUAAGAAGGAAAAGAUAAAAAGGAAUGAGGAAAAGGAGUGUGUUACAGACGAGGAGACUCGUGAAGAGGAAAGUACCUGCGAAAACACCAGCGGUGAAGCAGUCUACGAUGUUAAUAAUGCUUUAUCCAUGCUUGGAAUCACGCAGCAUUAACUUUUUUAUUAUACCUAAUUUUAACUGCGUACAAUUGUAUCGCUGCAAUUCACGUAAUUUAUAAUUUUAUAUAUUAAUUUCAUAUAUAAACAAUUUGUAUAUGUAUAAGAUAUAACGCAUAAGGACAUCUAAAAAUUUUACAAUGGUAUUGUAUCAUUGAUGUUCAAGUUUUAUGACUAUGGUUCUUAAGUUGGAAAAAAUCUAAAUCCUCGCUACUGUCGGUUUCGUCGUUGUUAGAGGAACUCACGUAAUCCUUUCGUUUUUGAUACGAUAACGAUCUCUCUGUACUUGAUCUCUUCUUUCUCGUAUUAGGCAACUGCUUGUUCUAAAUGGAUAACAACUUGAAGGGAUGUUUGUUGCACGAUGCAAAGAAUAAAAUAAAUCAAUACAUUACGUUUUUGUAUAUCUCCGAAAAUGCGCUGAACGCUGUUGUAGCGGCAUUAGUCUCUUCUCGUAAAGUUGGUAUAUAAUAUUGGUCGUCUUCGUGUUUAGCGAGCAAUCCGACGUAAACAGCAUACUUUAAUUUCUCCUCUAAUUCUCGCUCGAGAGCUUUGACAUCGGUUUCCACCGGAUAAUGCCUUUGGAUGUAAUCUCUUAAAUCUUUUAAUUUUACAAAUAGUUGAAAUUUUUGUAAUGCUUUCACGGAUAUAUGUAGCAUUUGCGGCGUUAUUGGGAUUUUCUCCAUCUGAAAUGUAUUUUGUGAAAACGUCUUAUUCUAAUUGAUGAUGCUACUUGUAAAAAAUAAAAGGGUUAUAUCUACUUUUAUUAUAAAAAUGCAGAUAUUACUGUACGGACAAGAUUUAUAAUACAAAGAUGUUACAAUUCAGAUUUAUAAUUAACGUUGUUCCUAAUAAAAUGUUUUCCUGACGAAA